AUGGAACAAAUAAAUUACACUGCAGUAACAUAUUUCAUUAUUAAGGGUAUUUCUGACAGACCCGAGCUGCAGGCGCCAAUCUUCCUUCUGAUUUUACUUAUUUAUCUAAUUUGUCUUGGUGGUAACACAAUGAUUCUCCUGCUUGUAUUCCUGGAUCCUCAACUCCGCACCCCCAUGUAUUUCUUCUUGAGUAACUUGUCCCUCAUUGACAUAUGCUCCACCACCGUCAACCUACAUAAAAUUUUGUUUAUCUUCAUAUCAGGAGACAAUACAACGUCUUUUAUUUGCUGCAUGAUUCAGAUGUAUAUGUUUAUUUCAUUGCAAACUACUGUGUUUUUAAUCCUAGCGGCCAUGGGCUACGACCGUUAUGUGGCUAUCUGUAAUCCCUUGCAUUAUCAAAUGGUGAUGAACCGAAAGAUUUGCCUUAUAUUGGCCACUUUCUCCUGGGUUAUGGGUUGUAUGGAAGCCACACCUACUCUAUUAGGAAUAUUAAGCUUCACAUGUUAUAAAUCCAACAUAAUAAAUCAUUUUUUCUGUGAUGCUAUGCCGUUGAAGAAACUCAUUUGCAGUGACACAACAUUUGUGGAUCUUUAUAUACUUAUUGAUGGAGGUUUGAUCGCAUGUUUCACUCCAUUUAGUCUCACUUUAGUAUCUUAUAUCUUCAUUAUUAACACCAUUAUGAGAAUUAAUUCCAGCACUGGAAGACGUAAAGCCUUCUACACAUGCUCCUCACACCUCAUCGUUGUUAUCCUUCUUUAUACCACUGUCUUCUGCCAAUAUCUGACACCAAAAUCAAUGGAUAACUUGGAAAGCAAAAAAAUAUUUUCUCUCUUUAACACAGCAGUAGUUCCCAUUCUGAAUCCAAUGAUUUACAGUCUAAAAAACAAAGAUGUGAAAUCAUCAGUUAGACGACUUUUAAAAUCACGUAAGCUUUCUUUUUAA